GAUGAGCGUUGAACGGAUGUUUGUAAGAUUAGAUGAGCAAUCCAUAAAGUUAUCAGGCGCUUUCUUUUGAUGAUCUGAAGGAGGCUCGAAUUUUAUCAGACGUUUGUGAAUUUUUUAUGGAUCCGCUAGACAAUUGAAUUGGUCUCUAGUAAUGACUCCCAGUUGGUGAUAAUCAUUCUUUCUACUAAUAGCACCCCAAUUGAAAUGAUAGCAAGAAUAUAAAACUCCUUUGGUAGCCCGAAAUUCCCAUCAGUUUAGGAAUUUUUCUAGUGCUGUGAAGUGAUCACAAUGUUGAAGUAUUUGGUACUUGUGCUAGCUGCUGUGUCCUGUGCACUUGCAUCUACUACGACGAUAUAUCCAUGUCCUUCGACUGGACUUGAGCGUCUUCCUCACUCUUCCAGCUGUAGUCACUAUGUUCAGUGCGUCUCUGGAAUUCCUGUAAUCAGGCAGUGUGCUCCAGGAUUCUACUUCAGUGUUGAGUAUCAUGAGUGUAAACAUCCUUAUCUGGCUGAGUGUGACAUCGAAGAUCACGUCUGCCCACUAUUCAACGAUCCUCAGAAUUUAGUCUUUCUUCCCGAUGAACAAGACUGCGAAGCCUACCAUCUCUGUUACGAUGGUGAACCUGUUCGCUUUACUUGCUUCGACGGACUUCACUGGGAUCCAGUCAAUCAACGAUGCGACUACCCAUCGUUGGCUAACUGCCAGGCAGUGAACGUAAACUGCAAUGCUACUGGUAUCUCUGUAGUUCCCCAUCCCUUCCUUUGCAACAGAUUCUUCCACUGUGUCGAAGGUGAAAGUUUCCCAGAUAUUUGCCCUGGUAACUUGGUCUUUGAUGUCGUAAGGUGGAGAUGCCAUUCUCCAGAUGAAUCUACUUGUGUAUACUGGGACGAUGAAUACACAACAGUUGGCCCUACACCUUACCACAGAUAAGAAUAAAAUCACCUAUCCCAAAG